AUGGCGGAACCGCUAGACUCUCAGAAUAGUAUUCUCAUUCAAAGUACCAGUUUUUUCAGCAAAGUUCGUGUCAUGAUCAGGCACGCCUGGGCAUUGCGUGAUGUGGAAAGCCCUUUGUACACACUUUACGGGCAUAUCUUGACAGCAUUCUGUGAAACCGGUGGUGAUACGUUGGAGGUCGACCGUGCACUAGGCUGCGAGCCUCAGUCAUCCUUCUCUACGCCGACUGAGAAAGAAUUUGACCGUCGCAUUCCGGAUUUCACCAUCAUGCUCACAUUCCUUCAUGAUCCAGCUGUCUUUAAUCGCUUCAGUCCACUGUACAGGCACCCCGUACUUGGUUUCUGGGUUGAAAUUAAAACCUUCACCUUCCCGGGGAAGUGGAUGUCGGAUGAGGGGCAGCAGGCAGCGCGAAGGGCUAUGUGGGUGAAUAUACAGCAAUUGAAUGAGCAGGCAACAUUUGCAUUUACACAGUUUGCUGGUGACAAGCUCUACGGAAUGCUCAUCUUGGGCAUAUACUUCUCUGUCUUCGAGUACUUGAGGCCCACUCGUCUUCCUCCUCCUACUCAUCCACUCCCUCCAUCGGUGUUGCACCAACCCCCUUCCGAUAGCAAUCAGUCAUGGAAAAGGCCAAAGCGGAAACGGGGUGACGAUGUGAAGGCGCAGACAAAUGCCAAACGGGGAAUGGAGCGGAUGGUCCUCAAUCUAGAAAUAGAUAUCCCUUUUCAGCCAUCCUUCUUCACACCACCGCCAGGUGACCAUCAUGCCUCAGAAAUCUCUCUGGAAAGCGCUCGCCAGGACCUCGACGACUUCCUUGACCGCCAGGACGAGCAGGUGGAAGACCUUCGUGAUGCAGCUGACUUUACCGCUUCUUCCGAAGAGGAUACCUCGGGUAAUUACUAUAGCAGUGUCCGCCCCAGUAACGCCGGCGCAAAUCGAAGGACACGUAGCCAAUCGCGAGGAGACGAUGCACUCUCUGAGGGAGACUUGGAUGUCCCAUCCUUCGAGGAUACUGACGAUGCCCAUGAUAACGCCCAGAGCAACAUCGAGGAUGAUAUCCCUCUUGACUUUGACUUCGAUCUUGGCCGAGGCGUAGAUGAUGAGGGUGACGAGAACGAUGAUGAGGCAGAGAACGAUGAAGACGACGAGGCGGAGAACGUGUCGCAAUAUUCACAUGGGACACGUACUCGGGGCAGAGAGUCUACUCGUUAG